CCUGGCCUGUCUCACUCCUAUCUGCCCACUCUGAGCUCUUCUCUCCUCUCCACCAUGAUCUCCAGACAACAGGGUGUCCGCAGCGGAAGCCGGGGCUUCAGCGUCGGCUCAGCCAUCGUUGGUGGGGGCAAGAAGUCUGCCUUCAGCUCUGCCUCUGUGGCUGGGGGUGCAGGCCGCUGCUCCUCAGGGGGCUUCGGCAGCAGGAGCCUCUACAACCUUGGGGGCAACAAGAGCAUCAGCAUGAGCAUGGCUGGGUUCCGGCAGGGCGCCGGUUUGGGGGCCGCUGGAGGUUUUGGGGCUGCUGGAGGUUUCGGGGCUGGCGGUUUCGGUGCUGGUUUCGGCACUGGCGGUGGACUCGGGGGUGCCUUCAAUGGCCGGGGUGGUCCUGGCUUCCCCGUCUGCCCCGCUGGGGGGAUUCAGGAGGUCACCAUCAACCAGAGCCUGCUGACCCCACUCCAUGUGGAGAUUGACCCUGAGAUCCAGAAGGUCCGGACCGAGGAGCGAGAGCAGAUCAAGACCCUCAAUAACAAGUUUGCCUCCUUCAUCGACAAGGUGCGGUUCUUAGAGCAACAGAACAAAGUCCUGGAGACAAAGUGGAACCUCCUCCAGCAGCAGACCACCACCACGUCCAGCAAAAACCUUGACCCCUUCUUUGAGACCUACAUCAGUGUGCUGAGGAAGCAGCUGGAUUCUCUGGUCAAUGACAAAGGCCGUCUGCAGUCUGAAUUGAAGCUCAUGCAGGACAGUGUGGAGGAUUUUAAAACCAAGUAUGAAGACGAGAUCAACAAACGCACUGCUGCCGAGAACGACUUUGUGGUCCUCAAGAAGGAUGUGGAUGCUGCAUACAUGACCAAGGUGGAGUUGGAGGCCAAGGUGGAUGGACUCAAUGAUGAAGUCAACUUCCUGAGGGCUCUCUAUGCUGCUGAGCUGGCCCAGAUGCAGACCCACGUCAGUGACACCUCUGUGGUCCUGUCCAUGGACAACAACCGCUGCCUGGACCUGGACAGCAUCAUCGCUGAGGUGCGCGCCCAGUAUGAGGAGAUCGCUCAGAAGAGCAAGUUGGAGGCUGAGUCCUUGUACCAGACCAAGGUACAGCAGCUCCAGACUUCAGUUGACCAACACGGUGACAGCCUGAAGAAUACCAAGAGUGAGAUCGCAGAGCUCAAUAGGAUGAUCCAGAGGCUGCGGGCCGAGAUCGAGAACGUCAAGAAGCAGUGCCAGACUCUGCAGGCGUCUGUGGCUGAUGCGGAACAGCGUGGGGAGCUGGCUCUCAAAGAUGCCUACAGCAAACGCACAGAGCUGGAGGCCGCCCUGCAGAAGGCCAAGGAGGAGCUGGCCCGCCUGCUGCGUGACUACCAGGCCCUCAUGAAUGUGAAGAUGGCUCUGGACGUGGAGAUCGCCACCUACAGGAAGCUGCUGGAGGGCGAGGAGUGCAGGAUGUCUGGAGAGUGCCAGAGCUCCGUGAGCAUCUCCGUGGUGGGUGGCAGCAUCAGCACUGGAGGCCUUGGUGGAGGAUAUGGAAGCAGCUCAGGCCUUUGCCUGGGCGGUGGCUUUGGCUCUGGUUCUGGAAGUGGCUUCGGCUACGGAGGCGGUGUCCACAGCAGUUCCAGCGGCAAGAUGAUCUCUACCAGCUCCACCUUGAAAAGAUAUUAGAGGGGAAGGGCUGAGGCCCCCAUGGCCCUCUGACCAGCCAGCUCUCUGUGCUUCCGUCACCCUGGCUUCCACCUUCCCUUUCUGGGGAUUGUCACCUCCACGCUCCCCCCUGGGUCCUCUCUGAACCCAGCUGGUGUUCUCCGCCAGGUUGUGGACUCUGCCCUCUUGGAGUCUGGUAGCUUCAUCUGGAUCUGGGUCUGGAGAUCCACCUGACAUGGGGAGGGAUGCCAGCAGGUGCGUCAGCACCUAUGGACUGAGGAGAUGCUCACAGCUCCAUCUGCAGAAUUAUCUGGUCACAUCCGUCCCCUCCCAGCCCAGUGCUAUCUCCCACCAGAUCCUUGCUACCCCACUCCAUGGGGGGGGGGGGCAAACUCACCCUCCAUCACUUGGCAGUGGCUGACCCUGGAGGUCAGGUCAAGAGCCACUCAGCUUCCUAUUCAAGCUUCUCUCUCUUCUUUUGUCUCUCUCCUCGGGAGUUUUCAAUAAACUGCUUUCGUCAUUCA